AUGCCAUCAAUUGAUGUGGAUGAGGCUGAUAUUUUAAUCCUCAGCGAUGGCUUGAAACAAGUAAAUGAACUCACAAGGGAAAUCACUGGAAGUCUCUCAAAGAUAACCUCGACAACCUCGAAGUCUAGCAAGCUAUUUGCGCCGAUUAUUGAGACUAACACGCGGCUCAACGUGCUAAAGAGGAAUAUUGAGUCCAGCUUUGAUUCAGUGUCGUCUAUAAAGGACCUAGCAAGCGAUGCCUCGAAAUACGAGAUUAUAUUGGAGCAAGAAAUAACGCAAGUGGGGCUGCGGAAGUUCAUUAAGACACUUCACAAGGUAGACGAUAUCAUGGACGAUUUGCGGGAGAAGAGCAAAAGCACUGCGGACUUCCGGGGGAUUGUGACGCACUUGGAGGAGCUGACAAUGAUCGGUGAGAAAAACCUGCAGAUAUACUUUGCCAACAAGCUGAACCAGAUCCAGCCCUUUGAUCCACAAGUGUACAUGAACAAGAAGCAGAACUUUCCAUACUACUACGAUGAAGAUCUAAAUGACAUAGCGGCCAUUCUGGACUAUUUCGGGGAUACCGAGCAGAAUCCGGUGACCGAGAUAUUCAUGAAGCAGCAGGGUCAGCUUGUUCUGAAUUCUCUUGCAUUUCUGGAGCCUUUCACGAAGCAAAUUACAAGUGAGAGCAAUGUGCCGUAUCAGCGCGGCAGCAGCGGUUUUAAUAGCUAUACCGAAGCCUUUAUUACCUUUGUUAGCGGGGUUAGCGUGCUGAUCGAUGACGUAUUUGUGAAGCUGCCUGAUCGGAGGCCGGCCGUCUUUUGUAAGAUUGUUGCCCCCAUACUUCAUAAUUAUACCAAAAUACUGCGGUAUAAUAUUGAUCUUGUGAAGGAUGAUAUUAAUAACUAUGGGCUGUUCAGCUUCGAAUUGAGCGAGAACAUUAACAGAGUACACCAACUAUUUAAGGGUAAACCUCUACAGAACAAUGAACAGCUUUUGGAGUGUGAAGCCGAACUGAAAUCGAUCUCCGAGUCCUUGUUCAAAGAUUUGAUACAGUACAUCGGUCAAAAAACCGCUUCUCUGGCUCAGUUACCCACUGAUAAUGGUGUAACUGAGGCCACAGUUGAUGUUAUGUCCAGACUACGCAAGUUUAGUGAAUACAAGUCUGGUUGCCUUGCUACUAUACAAUCGAUGACUCGCGAAUCAUGGCUGCCCAAUGAAUCAAAAAAUGUUUGGACGAUAUCUAUGACACCGAAGAAUGCACAGCAAUUGCUCUCUUGCUUCUUCAGCGAUGCUAUAGAUUACUUAACCAUAUCUCUAGAGCGCAAGGCCCAAAAGAUUCUAAAUCCAAACUUAGAGCCCGAAGUCGGAGCUCCACAUAAAAGGAUACCUCAGAUGCAGAGAAUUGGGUUCUUUGUAUUGACGAAUAUUACGCUGAUUGAACAAAUCGUUCAGCGUAGCGAAAUAAAUACAGUUCUGGAGGAUAUUGGUGCCGCCCGGUUAGUGAAGUUAAAUGCGCGGUAUGUCAACUAUUUUGCAUCCGAUUGGAGAGACUUAGCUUCCAAUUUGCUGGACCAGGUGUUUGUCGAUUCUUCAGGAAAGAUAUCAUCGAAAGAUAAAGAUCAGGUCAAAGAAAAAUUCCGCAAGUUCAAUGAAGGCUUCGAACAACUUGUGUCUAACUACAAAACAUGUCGGAUUACAGAUCCGGCAAUGAAGAAACUAUUGAAACAAGAGAUUUUUGCAUUGGUCGCUCCUAUGUAUGAGCGCUUUCAUAAUCGGUACAAGGAUUCCUUUAAAAACCCAAGGAAGCACAUAAAGUAUACACCGAAUGAGUUAAUGAACAUUUUGAAUUCCUUAGGGAGAUAA